GCAGCGCAACGAAACCAACACUCUGCUUUCUUUUACUCUGCGGACCAAAACACAGACACGUUUCCCCGUCUCUCUCUUCCACAUGCAAUUGCACACUCGUCAAAUUCAAUAACCCUAAUUCAGAGUGCUCUGAACUGAAACUGAACCUAACAUUGUGAAGAUGUGGAUUCCGAGCAAUCGCGGUUUCAGAGGAAUCAGGUUCUCUGCUUCCGCUUACUGUCAACUGAAAUCCUAUGUUUCGACCUGCAGAGCCGUGCUUCUUCCCUCUUUCGGUGGACCAGAAAUGCUUCAACUUCACCACAACGUGGAAGUUCCUCCUCUUAAACCUCACCAAGUCCUCGUUCGUGCUCGCGCCGUUUCCAUCAACCCCUUAGAUACCAGAAUGCGUUCUGGAUAUGGGCGUUCCAUUUUCGAGCGACUUUUGCCUCUGAUUUUGGGGCGCGACGUUAGCGGCGAGGUUGCGGCUGUUGGAGCUUCGGUGAAAUCGGUGAGUGUGGGUGAAGAAGUUUUUGGGGCACUGCAUCCAACUGCAGUGAGGGGCACUUACACUGACUAUGCAAUUCUCUCUGAAGACGAGGUUACUCUUAAGCCAUCUUCACUUUCUCAUCUGGAGGCCAGUGCCAUUCCUUUUGCUGCGCUGACAGCUUGGCGUGCUCUAAAAAGUACAGCUAGAAUAAGUGAAGGACAAAGGAUAUUAGUGGUGGGAGGAGGAGGAGCAGUAGGAGUUGCUGCAAUUCAGCUUGCAGUAGCUGCUGGUUGCUCUGUUGUAACUACUUGUGGAAGUCAAAGCAUUGACAGAAUGUUAGGAGCUGGUGCUGAGCAGGCUGUUGAUUACGUUGCUGAGGAUGUUGAAUUGGCUAUAAAGGGGAAGUUUGAUGCUGUUUUAGACACUAUUGGUGUGCCAGAGACAGAACGGAUGGGCAUUAAUUUUCUGAAACGAGGUGGACACUACAUGACACUUCAGGGUGAGGCAGCAUCAUUGGCUGACAGAUAUGGACUGACUAUUGGGCUUCCAGCAGCUACAGUUGUUUUAUUGACAAAACAUAAUCUAUACCGAUACUCUCAUGGAAUAGGCUAAUAAAGCAGUGACUGAGGUGGAGUUAAAGUUAUUUUUUGUGCUAAUUGAUGUAAUGCCCUAGUCUAAUAUAAAAAAGUGUCACAGGAAUUUUCCUCCUGCCCUUGCCUCACCUUGGAAAAAAAAGUUCUGAACUAGAAAUGUAAAGCAUUGAUAAAAUAUGGAGCUGAACCAACUGUUUGAAAUAAAUGAAUAUUGUGCCAGUGAGUCGGGCUGUAAUUUCUUUAUUAUUCCUUUUAAGGCAAAAGCCUGCCCUCGACAAGCUGCAAUAACCUUAAGUGUUGUACAAUUGCAUAUUGUCUGAGAAUUAAACUUCCAGCUAAGAAAUCUUGAUCUUGAAGUUGUUACCGGACAGACAUAACCCUACUAAUACCAAUUAGUUGAGUGACUUGAUCUUGAAGAAGGAGAUGGCCGUUGAAUGGAAAUAUCGCCUCCGAGUAUUUUAUCAUACAAGUAGACAUUGGGCACCUUUAUGGAAGGUUUUUCUAUUUUUACUAAAAAUAAAAACAUCAAAAUCAAAAGUAGAUUUUAGAAGUUUACUGACAUGUUAAAACUUUGCGUAACAUGUUCAGUAGGCAAACUAUGUAUCUUAUAACGUAAGAUGCUUAUGAGUUAUGAUGUAUAUGAGCAUAACAAGUUAAGCCUUUGUGAAAACUUUUAGCUUCCUGUGUGCAUUUCUAGGUAUCAGAAUUCCUAACUGUUAUUUUGCUUUUUGACUUUUUGGCAAGAAAUAGGGAUCCAGAGUUCAUCAAUUUUGGCUUGUGCCAUUGAUAUUAAGGUUUCCUUGCAGCUUGUUAUGCUAAUGAAGAAUGACUAAAAAUAUCCUGAAAUCAAAUUCUGUCUUUCAUCCCACCCAUCUUGUAGAAAAUGAAAUUUUUUUCAAUGAUUUUAUAGUUGCUCACUCAAUCUUUCUCACUAAUGAACUCUGGGCAUGGUAUUUCCAGUUGAUCAUAAUUAUUAUUUUGUAUAUAUAUUCAUUAGUUAUAAACCAGGGGUGGUAUUUAUUCCCUUCUUGUUUUAACCCCUGCUGACAAAUGCCUUCUCAAAGUUUAGAAAAAUGUGAAGCCAUGUCCCCUUCUUUGCUUUUGAUACAGAAUACUCAUGGACAUACAUGAGGGCUGACUUAGAUGGUUUAAUUGAGAUUCGAAAGCUGUGUGAAGCUGGGAAGAUGAAGGUACCUGUGGAUAAAACGUUUCCCAUAACACAAGUAAAAGAGGCUCAUGAAGCAAAAGACA